AUGGAUCAACAAGAGGAGAACAUCUCCAGCACACAGGAGGCGGUGGAUUUGUCUAAAGUGCCCGUUGAAUACCUUGACCUGAAGGAGGUGUUCAAGUUUAUGAACCACAGCCCACGUCUGUCUCCACUGUCCAGCCCCAAAUCUCUGCUACACCCACUGUUCACUGCAUUCACUGGCCAGCCCCGGAUCUUUACUGCCCCGCCCCGGAGCUUCACUGCCCAGCCCCGGAUCUUCACUGCCCAGCCCCGGAUCUUCACUGCCCAGCCCCGGAUCUUUACUGCCCAGCCCCGGAGUUUCACUGCCCAGCCCCGGAGAUUCACUGCCCAGCCCCGGAUCUUCACUGCCCAGCCCCAGAUCUCUGCUACACCCACUGUUCACUGUCUCCACUGUCCAUCCCCAAAUCUCUGCUACACCCACUGUUCACUGCAUUCACUGCCCAGCCCCAUAGCUUCCCUGCCCAGCCCCGGAUCUUCACUUGCCCAGCCCCGGAUCUUCACUGCCCAGCCCCGGAUCUUCACUGCCCAGCCCCGGAUCUUCCCUGCCCAGCCCCGGAUCUUCACUGCCCAGCCCCGGAUCUUCACUGCCCAGCCCCGGAGCUUCACUGCCCAGCCCCGGAUCUUCACUGCCCAGCCCCGGAUCUUCCCUGCCCAGCCCCGGAUCGUCACUGCCCAGCCCCGGAUCUUCACUGCCCAGCCCCGGAUCUUCACUGCCCAGCCCCGGAUCUUCACUGCCCAGCCCCGGAUCUUCACUGCCCAGCCCCGGAUCUUCACUGCCCAGCCCCGGAUCUUCAAUGCCCAGCCCCGGAUCUUCACUGCCCAGCCCCGGAUCUUUACUGCCCAGCCCCGGAGCUUCACUGCCCAGCCCCAGAGCUUCACUGCCCAGCCCCGGAGCUUCACUGCCCAGCCCCGGAGCUUCACUGCCCAGCUCCAGAGUGUAGGAGUAGCCCCUGGAGCCCUGCUACACCCACAGUCCUCUGCCCAGCCCUGGACCUCUAGCCUGGCCACAAAUCUGUUUGUGCUGCACAGCCAAACUCCUAUUAUGCCAAGCAGGAUCUAG